CUUACAAGUAAGCACUGGCAGUUUCUGGAGAAGAAGAGACUCGUGCAGAAGAAGGAAGGGCAAAAGGUGGGGAGGAAGGUAGAAGCGCAAGACCUAACGCAAGAUUCCAUAUAAGGUUCGUCAAGAGUCACCGGAGUAGUUCGUAAGAUUCCAUAUAAGGUUCUUUAAGAGUCAGCGGAACAGUCGCAACAGAAGAAAUGCUGCAAGUCGCAACAGAAGAAAUGGUGCAAGUCUCAAAGCAAGAUGCCACACAGAAUUCAUCAAGAGGCUGCUUCAAAUGCAGCACAGAUUCCGUCAAGAGACUGCUCCAGAUGCCACACAGAGUUCAUCAAAAGUCAGCGGAGCAGUCUCAACAGAAGAAGUGGUACAAAUCUCAACAGAAGAAAUGGUGCAAGUCUCAACAGAAGAAAUGGUGCAAGUCUCAACACAAGAUGCCACACAGAAUUCAUCACAGUAUGCCACACAGAAUUCAUCAAGAGACUGCUCCGGAUGCCAUACAGAACUCGUCAAGGGUCAGCGUAGCAAUCUCAUCAGGAGAAAUGGUGCAAGACUCGACACAAGAUGCCACACAGAAUUCAUCACAGAAUGCCACACAGAAAUCAUCAAGAGACUGCUCCGGAUGCCACACAGAAUUCAUCAAGAGACUGCAGAGCAGUCUCAACAGGAGAAAUGGUACACUUGACAUCAACAAUUGUCUUUCUUCUGCCGUCUUUUCCCACGCUCCCACUUCACACUUUUUGACUGCUUCUCCCAGUGACAUCCGUUCAACUUUGCCGAAGAAGUUCAUCGUCAUAUGCUGGGUUGAAGUGAGGUCGAUCAAGUCGGGCAAACUUUUCUAGAUUUGAGGAUGACUCUGCACUCGCAUUCAAAGGUCUCUUGCAAGCGAUCACUUGCAGUCGAAGA